AUGGUGAACCUUUCUACGUUGGAGCACACGCAGCUAAGUAAAGAAAAUAAUAUAUAUAUCAGCCCAUGUACUGGAAAACGAUUUAGUGUGCUUCAGAAUACGAUAUCCAGUCCAAAAAGUAGUAACAAUAAUACCACAUUAUUGAUGACGAAUAUUACACCGACUAUACCUACUGAUCCUAUGACACCUACUCGUAGAUUUUGUGGUACUGUUUCUCGUAACCAUAGUGGUUUAUCUACUCCUAGCUCGUGCACUCAAAUGCUAACAGAAACAUCCAACACAAAUGCUAAAGCUUCUCCUGCCUCAUUGAAUGCUUUAUGUACAUCAAGUAGGUGCUCGUCUUUGAAUAAUAUUUCAUGUUCGAACUUAUUACCUUUACAAUUUAAUGAAAGCAGUAUGCAAAAAUUGAUUAAAACAACUAUAAAGGAAAGAAGAACCACAGGUAAUACAAACAAUAGUCCAUUUUCUUUUGAGUAUACUUUUGAGGAUGAUGCGCUCACUUAUGACGAAAAAGCAGAAAGAAAAACGUCUAAAUGCAACUUGAACAAUAAUUCACAAAAACAUUUAGAAUUGAGAAACACUGAAAAGCAACAAGAAAAUAAUAUAAUAGGACAAGAAAAAGACCAGAAUAAGCAAAAUAGAAGUCUAGAAAUACAGAAUGAAAAAGUGAAAGAACUAGACCAGGACGUAGAAAACGAAAAAAUACAAGAAGACGCUCCGGAGACGCAGACUGAUGAAGCAACCAAUACUGAAAUAGAAGAAAUCGUUUCAAAUGGAAGUGAUGAUGAUACAGGUGAAAAUCUCUCAUCCGAUAUAAUAAGUGAAGAUGAAGAUAAUAUGUCUGAAAAUAUAUCAGAAAGUGAGGGUGGAGAGCUUGAGGGUGAUAAAGAUUGGAUUGACAUUCCCGACAAUGACGUAUUGAGCUUCGAUGAGAGCAUACUUGAUAGCGUGACAAAUGUACCUAUUAGUAAUAAAUUGCCCGUCGAUAUUUAUAGUUUGUUUCUAACUGACGAUAUUAUUGAUAAAAUAGUAGAAGAAACUAAUAAAUACGCAGAUAAAUAUUUAUUAGAAAAAGAAAUUACAGCAAAAUCACGCUCUAAAGCUUGGAAACCUACAGAUGCAAAUGAAAUGCGUCAGUUUUUCAGUGUCAUACUUACGAUGGGCUUAAAUAAGGUUCCACAUUUUCACGAUUAUUGGUCAAAGAAAUCCAUUUACAGAAAUGAAUAUAUAUGCUCUCUCAUGGGAAGAGAUAGAUUUAUCUUGCUUCUAAAGUUUUGGCAUUUCAGCAAUGAAAGAAAUGAUACUGAAGAUAGACUCUACAAAAUUCGACAAAUACUUAAUAUGUUAAAUAAUCGUUUUAGAGAUAUUUUAACUCCAGGAAAAUUUAUCGUGAUAGACGAAUCAAUGAUUCCCUGGCGCGGGAGACUUCUUUUUCGCCAAUACAUCAAAAAUAAAUCGCAUAAAUAUGGAGUUAAAUUAUAUAAACUAUGUACUCCUGAGGGGUACACUUUUAAAACCAUAGUAUAUACAGGUAACGAAGGAAAUAGCAGAGAAGUGAACCAUGGAAAAAAUGUAGUUAUGAAGCUCAUAGAGGGUCUAGAAAAUGAAGGACGAGUUUUAGUAGCCGAUAACUUUUAUUCUUCUCUUGAUUUAGUAGAGGAACUCUUAGAAAAGAAAACAUUUUACUGUGGCACGCUAAGAUCAAACCGAAGAGGACUUCCCAAGCAAUUUAUGUCUAAAAAAUUGAAAAAAGGCGAAGUUGAAGGGAUAAUAAUGCCUAGUGGUGUGAAAGUUAUUAAAUGGCACGAUAAGCGCCAAGUUUCAAUGAUAACUUCCUGUAAAGCACAUAAAGCGUCUCUAGUAGAUACAGGUAAGAUACAUAAGAGAACUAAUGAAAUGAUCAGAAAGCCACUGUGCAUUUUAACUUAUAAUGAUAAUAAAAAAGGGAUAGACUACUCAGAUCAAAUGUCGGCAUACUAUACUACUUUACGACGAGGUCUAAAGUGCAUUACCACUGACAACGGUGCCAAUAUGAUAAAGAUGACUAAAUUAAUCAAUGAAGCUAAUUCAGCUGAUACAACAUCCGAUACAGCAGAAGCAGGUUCAAGCUCAUCUCAAACCAUAAAUUUAUAUGUUGAAGAUUCGGAUUCUGAUUCAGAAUCUCAUCAGUAUAUGGAAAUGGAAGGCAGUGAAAUCGAAAGAAUUACAACUCGUUUAACAGAAAAUCUUGGAGCACAAUUCCAGAAUAUGAAAGUUGGGUCACAUGAUGAAGCGGCACAUUCCAUCGGCCUUGUACGAUGUGCUGCACAUACCCUUCAGUUAGCAUUGCUAGAUGCAUCAAAUAAUGUUAAUACUCGUACACUACUUUUAGAAUGUAGAGAGGUGGUACGACGUCUAAGAACUCCACAAUUUGUAAGAAUAAUACGACAGCAAAACAAACUCAUUCCAAAAUUAGAUUGUACCACUAGAUGGCAUUCUACAAUUGAUUUGGCUCAAUCUUUAAUAUCUCUAAAAGAAAUAUGUACAACACAUGAACGUUUACACCUACCAUCAGCUACUUGGAGCGCUUUAGAAGAUUAUGUUAAAUGUAUGACACCUGCUAAAGUACUAACAAAGAAACUGCAAGAAGAGCAAUUAACUGUUGAAAAAUGCCGUUUGAAUUUAAAAAGAAAAAUAAUAUUACGUGCCAUAGAAGAAAUUACAAUGGGAGCAAAAAUUAAAGCGACUGCAAAUAAAUACGACAUACCUAUAUCAAAUCUCCAAAGAUAUUUAAAACAAGGCACUGUAAAAGAUGUUUCUUCUAAAUUCAUAUCUUGCCAAAUAUUCGCUGAAGAUGAAGAAGCAAAACUGUCAGAGUACCUCAUAACAUCUUCUAAAUUGAAUUAUGGACUUUCAGAAGUGCAAACGCGCAAAACGGUUUCAAUUUAUGAAAUCCCCAAGCUCGCUGCUGUGGCUAUUCCGCUUGCAUUCAAGCCACAAAAUAUUCAAAAGGGAUUCGAAAAACCUGGCAUAUGGCCUUUUAACUCCAACAUUUUCAGAGAUGAAGAUUUCCUUUGUUCUUCUGUCACUGAUCGCUGUUUGACCGAUACAGACAACGUUACUGCAGAACAACCAACAGCAAACGAAGUCCCCGUAGACCAACCAACACCAAACCAAGUCCCCGCAGAACAGGCAACAGCAAACCAAGGCCCCGCAGAGCAACCAACACCAAACCAAGACCCUGCAAAACAAACGACACCAGGCAGAGUCCGCGCAGCACCUUUGAUAAAUCAAAAUCAAGUGGAUCUCACGAACGAAAUGGCAGUUCCCGGGCCUUCACGAUCUAAGACUCCGAUUCAGAGCGUGACUAAUGAAGCUAUGGUAAUAACUCCCGAUUCCGUGAGACCAUAUCCGAAAGCUGGCCCCAGGAAACUGGUUGGCAUGAAGAGAAAGACAGGAAAAACAAGAAUAUUAACAGACACGCCCGAGAAGAGAUUAAUAGAAAUAGCAGAACAAGAACGACAAAAAAAGAACAAAGAAAAAGAAGACAAAAAGAAUAAAAAUACAGGGAAGAAAGCAAUACCUAAACUUGUUAAAUCUUUAACAUCGAAACAGAAGAAACAAAAGAAAAUAAGCAGUGACGAGGAAAUAGAAAACGAAUGUUUGGAGGAAGAAAAUUCGUUUGAUGAAGAUGAUGUGGUUGUAUUAGAUAGAAAUUUUAAGGUCAAAGAUUAUGUGCUAGUGAAAUUUGACACUAAGAAAACUGUCUAUCACUAUGUUGGCCAAAUUGAAGAAGUUUGUCACUCGAUGGCAACUAUUUUUAUGCGUAUGAGUAAGAUACGUAAUACAUUUAUGUGUCCAGAGAUUGAAGAUAUAUCAAGUGCCAUUGAAAGAUCAAAACCAAAUUGCCAAACCCAAAGAUAUGGGUCAAGCGUGGCAGCUCUAAGUAUACUUUUGAUAAGCCCAUCUUAG